AUGAAAUCGGAUUCCGUUAAUUUGGUCGAUGAUGCUACUACUUCACAUGCAAUUGUGCUCGGAUUGGGCUCCGAAACAAAAGGCUUCCGAGCUGAUCGAGGAGCGACGCUUUUGCCACAAGAUUCGGAAGGUAGGAUGGAAAAUUCCAAAGGCAAGGUGAGCCCCGCCAUGCUGGCUUCUCUGAGCUCUGCUGCUGAACCUUCGCGGGUAACUACGGCUCUCGAAGCAGCUGGCAAGCACGAGCUGCAGUAUCCUUCCUUCACAGUAGUUAUCCGGUCACAUAAUCAAUUGAAGGAUGGUGUGACCGUCCCAGGCAGUUUUUUUAAGGGACGCAUCAAUGGAAGAAUGCAAACUGCAACUCUGAAAUAUACGGACGGAUCAUGGCCAGUGAAGCUCAUGUACUACCCACAACAUGGCUCGGGAAAGCUCUCCACCGGUUGGCGCUCAUUUCAGAAAGGAACUUCCCUGAAGGAAGGAGAUGCCUGCAUCUUCGAGCUUGUUAGGAUUGAUAAUAUUGAACUCAAAGUCUCCAUUUUGAGAAGGAACGUCGAGACUUAG